CUCGCCAUCAUUGCAAUCAGUGGUAAUUUCAACUUCUCCGCGCGCAGACCACAAACAUAUUAAACCACAAAACGACCGAGCAAAGAAAACCCGCAAAGAAAACAAAAGAAUAACACCACGGCGCCAUUUUGUAAAUAGAAAACAUUUUAAAAAACUUUUCGAAAAAUGUUUCGGUUAAAAUUGAUGUGUUUUUUAAUGUUGUACACGUGUAUGGCACGGGAACCACCCACAGUGACGGUCCCCAAUCAAGGAGUGUUGGUUGGCACAGAGAUUUCGAAAAUUCGCACGCAAAGGAUUAUUGGUUUCAUGGGCAUUCCUUACGCUCAACCACCCGUGGGAAAUCUUCGCUUUGCUCAUCCCAUGAUAGAUCCGUUACCUUCGUGGGAAGGAACACGAAAUGCGUCGAUUUUUGAAUUACCAUGUCUUCAAACCGCUGAUGAUUUUAAGGCACAAGAUGUACCUUUCUUGAAUUUGAUAUCACCGGAGUCGAAAGUCAAUAUCAGCGAGGAUUGUCUAUAUUUAAAUGUCUUCAAACCAUACGGAACUCCACCCAAAGAAGGAUACGCAACAAUUGUUUGGUUCCACCCUGGUAAUUUCACCACCGGUAAUCCUGCACUAUGGGAUCCCUACAGAAUAGUCUACCAUCAAAAAAUCAUUGUUGUUACAUUUGCAUGGCGUAUGAAUAUCAUGGGAUUCUUUACUACACUUGAUGGUGAAGCACCUGGGAAUUAUGGUUUGAUGGAUCAACAAGCUGCGAUGAAAUGGGUGAAAAACAAUAUUAAAAUAUUUGAUGGUAAUCCUAAAAACAUCUGUUUGAUGGGUUAUGGUGCAGGAGCAAUGAGUAUUGGUCUACAUAUGAUCAACCCUGAAUCAAAUCUCUUCCAUAAAGCAAUCAUGAUGAGUGGUAACUUUCUAACACCUUCAGCUGUAAAGGAUCCAUCAGAAGACAAAGAACUCUUGGAUUACCUAGCGGAAUACUACGGAUGUUUCAAAACAUCCACAGCUGAAUUAAUGCAAUGUUUAAGAAACUUAGAUGCUGUAUCCCUGGUGGAACAAACCUCCCAUGUGAAUUGGAGACCUUUACUUGAUAAAGGUCUUAGCAAUAGUUCUUUACCUUUCUUACCGGAACUACCUAGAAACUUCUAUGAACGUGGGGAAUACGCCAGGGUACCUCUUCUGACCGGAUACACCAACAUGGAGGACGUUUUAUCUUUGGAUAGUCUAAAUAACAAUGACAACCUAACCUCUGAUCAUAUUCAGACAUUCCUCUUUGAUCUGGUUAAUAAAGACCUUCCUAUGAUCAAUGAAUCAGAUCGUACGCAAUGUGUGUAUAAUCAUGACCACAUAAUGGAUUCAGCAAUGUUCUUCUUCAACCCAUCUAUACCCUUUCAAGAUUCUGAUAGAGUCCGAAGGGUUGUGGCGGAUUACACGGAGAGAUAUUAUGGGGCUUCGACUAUUCUUCAUGCUAACUUUAUGAGUAGAUACAAACCAACGUAUGUUUAUAGGUUUGAUCAGAAACCUUCUACAAUAGCAGCAACUGCAAAUAUACCCGAAUGGAUAACGGUACCACAUCUUUUUGACUUAAUCUACGUCUGGGGAUUACCAUACUGGGUGCAAUUACCUGAAAAUGAAUGGGAUGAUAGAGAUAAACGUACUUCUGAUAUCAUAAUGUCAUUCUGGGCAAAUUUUGCUAAAAACUCAGACCCUACCAGCAACAUACAAAUUCCUAUACGUUGGGACCCAUAUACAAAAGAAAGUCCUGGAAUACUAAUCAUAGACAAUCGAUUUAGCAUGAGCGAUGACCGCAGGACAAAUUACAAAUCCUUUGAGUUCUGGAAUGAUUACUAUCCGAAAGUUCUAGAGUUAGCCACACAAUGUUGUAACGCCACAGAAAGCACAGGAAAUCACUCCUCGAAACUCAAUGGAAUCGCACACAUUUGGCUUUUUAUCAUCGCACACAUCGUUUUAGUUCUACCUAUCGUUAUUUAAAAUUAUAGAUGCUUACAUAUGCAACCAGAGCCAAACAUAUUCUAAAUUUUAAAACAUGUUAUCGAUAUAAUCAGCUUGAAGGUAAAUAUUUUAUAAAUAUACUCGACUUGUGUAGGAUAUUUCAGUAAUAACACAACACUAUGUCAAAGUAACAA